GUUUAGAAGAAGAACUUCAACAUUUAGAAGGAGUUUCUGAUAUGACAGUGAAAUUCUCGGAGUCAGUGAUAAAGUCUCAAUAUGAAAGUCUGUCACACUGUUAUCUGCUUCAUCUUCCUCACACUGCAGGAUGGAAACACUGUUCCUUACAAUGCAAAGAUUGCCAUGCAUACAGGAGUGGAAGGAGGAAACAUCACAGUUGAAUGUUCAUUUUAUAUCUUUGGAAAGUGGAAGCUCUUAUGUAAGAACCAAUGUGAAAGGGGAAACAUUCUCAUUGAAACAGCCAACGUUGUAGCUCAAAGCGGCAGAUACUUUAUGACAUACAAAGAAGAAGAGUUUCCAACACGUCAUGCAGUAUUUUCUGUGAGCAUCACACAGCUGGAAAAAUCUGACGCGGGGCUGUACCGGUGCUAUUUGGACAGAAACUUGGAUCCAUAUUUGUUUGAUAGCUUUCAGCUCAUGGUGACAGAAGCAUCAACAUUGGGCCCACAAUCUUUGUCAACUUCCACAACAAUCUCCAAACAGCCUGAAAUAACAUUUCUAAAUUCAGGUUUUCUCUGGCCUGUGGUUAUAGCUGUAGUUAUGGUGGUGUUGGUGUUGUUUGUUGUUGUGCAGCUCAUCUGCAAAAAGAAGACUACGGACUCUUGUUUGAACAAACAGAAAAUCGUGAAUUAUAAAAAGAGUGAGAUUGUUCUCUAUGAGAAUCUUCUGACGUUGCCACCUGAAGAGUCAGUAUACCAGAGCCUGGAUCCAGCCAGCAGGGAUGAAGACCAAGUGUACCUUACACUUAAACAGACAUGAAAGCACAAAUAAUCCAGCAUUCAGGCCUGAAUGUGUCACAACAGACACAGAUAGAUACAACAAACAACAUCUUUAAACGCUUCUUUAUUCUUCACUUUACUAAAAGAUAAAGAUUUUACAGAUUAAGCAUUUUAUGCCAGUAAUGAAUGUUUUCUUUCUCUUUUUUUGGAUUAAAAUGACUCUUCUAACCUCUCAUUCUGGUGCAAAAUUAGAGCUCAUCUUAUAUUCAAAGGCGCCACCUGGGGGUGCUGCAGGAGUAGUCACAAAUAUCAGGAUUAAAUAACAGCUCAUCAAACUGAUCUGUAAAGUUGCAAAGCAAUAAUAAACAUUGGUAUAUUGGUAUGU